CAAGGCUGCCACCAACUUUGAGGAUUUCCAUAGUUACUGCAUUUUCCUUUCCUUCGGCGAGUUUUUUCUUUCUUUCUUAAAAUACAUUUUAAAGUAUUUUAUAAUCUUCUUCUCGUGUUGGUCCUACAGGUCUUGAUAGACAGGGGCUUAACCAGUGGUUAAUUUAUUUUUUUACUCAAAGAAACAACUAAGCUGCUUUUCUUUCUCGGAGAUACACACACACACACACGCUGUUUGGUCAGAACACUUGAUCUCGCAUUGCACUUCUAUAAACGAGCUGUGCAUGAUUUUGCACACCACCACUUUGUUUAGAAUUAGUGUAUUGUUCAAACGGAUUCGUUUAUAUUUCGCUGGAUGGCAAUUCGUCUCUUUCCCAUGUGAGAAUCGGUAGCGCCAACCAACGCCUUUGCUGUGUGUGAGCCGUGAAACCUUAUGGUGUAAACACACACGUUCUCACACGCACUCCUACACCAGCAGCCCCGUACCGCUCGUGCGCCAUCACUUUCUCUCUCCCCCUCGCGUCGGUUCGGUUGUUUAAACGGCUUUCUGGCUGAAGAUGGGCUGCACCCUGAGCGCUGAGGAUAAAGCGGCGAUAGAAAGGAGCAAAAUAAUCGAUAGGAACCUGCGGGAAGACGGAGAGAAAGCGUCCAGAGAAGUCAAACUGCUGCUGCUGGGUGCUGGGGAAUCGGGGAAGAGCACAAUAGUUAAACAAAUGAAGAUCAUCCAUGAAGAUGGCUACUCCGAAGAGGAGUGCAAGCAGUACAAGGUGGUGGUGUACAGCAACACGAUCCAGUCAAUCAUUGCCAUCAUCAGGGCUAUGGGCCGCUUAAAGAUUGACUUUGGUGACCCAACAAGAGCUGACGACGCCCGGCAGUUGUUUGUGCUGGCUGGGACAGCGGAGGAAGGGGUCAUGACCCCUGAGUUGGCUGGGGUUAUCCGAAGACUGUGGAGGGAUAACGGAGUUCAGAGCUGCUUUGCCAGAUCACGAGAGUAUCAACUGAACGACUCAGCCUCCUAUUAUCUGAAUGAUCUGGAGAGGAUAUCCCAACAGGGCUACAUGCCCACACAACAAGAUGUGCUGAGGACUCGAGUAAAGACCACAGGCAUUGUGGAAACUCACUUUACCUUUAAAGAGCUCUACUUCAAGAUGUUUGAUGUGGGAGGCCAGCGCUCAGAGCGAAAGAAAUGGAUUCACUGUUUUGAGGGUGUCACGGCUAUCAUCUUCUGCGUAGCACUGAGUGAUUAUGACUUAGUGCUGGCCGAGGAUGAGGAGAUGAACCGUAUGCAUGAGAGCAUGAAGCUGUUUGAUAGCAUCUGCAACAACAAGUGGUUCACCGACACCUCCAUCAUACUUUUUCUUAAUAAGAAGGACCUGUUUGAGGAGAAGAUCAAGAAGAGUCCUCUUACUAUCUGUUACCCCGAAUACUCGGGUUCUAACACGUACGAAGAGGCCGCAGCUUUCAUCCAGUGUCAGUUUGAGGAUCUAAACAGACGAAAGGAUACCAAGGAGGUAUACACCCACUUUACCUGUGCCACCGAUACCAAGAACGUGCAGUUCGUCUUUGAUGCAGUCACUGAUGUCAUCAUCAAGAACAACCUGAUCGAGUGUGGACUCUACUGAAGGAGCAUGUUUCAUUGCCAAGUGGGACUAACGAGUAACACCUCAUGGGAUGGAUCACAUUGUCACUGCCUGUAGUGGAUUCCAGUCAGUGGGGGGAAAAUGACAAGACACACAGUGCUGCUACCACACUGCGCAUACUCCGUAGUUCUUACUGUGCAUUUUGGAGAAACUCUAAACUUCUUUAUUGGUGGUAUUAUUUUACUUCUGUCUUUACUUCUCAGACAUAUUUGAGAGAGGUCAAGAUAGAUGAAUGUUUCCUGUCCAUGUUGAAACUACAGUUGUUUCAAGUUGCUGUAUGAUUGAUUGGUAAUUCUUUUGGCUGUUACAGAAAAUAACUUAGUUCUAUGCACACAACAGAAUCCUAAAAGGUUGAGAUGCAUCUUGCCAAAAGAGGAGUUUCUGCCUGUUAUCCGCUACAUAACUGUGAUUUUCUUAGGCAAGCAGAUUUUUUUCCUAGCCCCUCAUUAGGUUUGUAGGUAAGUUAUUGGCAUUCAAAUUCUUUUGAGUGCUGUAUCUUUCACAUGACCAUGGUUUAGUGAAAACGAGACAAUAAAAGUGUUCAAAUAAGUAGAACACUUUCAGUCAAUUUAUCUGUAGCUGGUUAGUUUUCAAAUCAUAAAUUUGACAUAGAUUGUAGUUGGUUCAUAACUAAAACAGAAAAGUACAUGGUACAGUAGCUAAAUACUUCAGCCUAUUACUUCUUUCUUUAUUUUUUACUGUAACCAUUACAUAACUUUUUUUUUUUCUCAUAACACUUGUGUAUGAUUAUUAUUGAUUUAAAACUCAUGACUGCAUGCUAAUGGAACUAAUGGGUCAAGAACACUUUUGUAACAAAUGUUGUAAAAAUUGUGACAUUCCUGCAUGGAAGCUGAACUUACAUUCACUGCUUGGUAUGUUGAAGAUUUCAUUGCUGGAACUUAAAAAAAGAAAAAGUAGAUGUGCUUUAAUCUUUGGCAGGUAUACUUCAAUUGUGUAAAUAUACAUGUUUAUUUUUACAUAAAUCUUUAACAGUUUUUUUUUUAAUAAAUGCUCAUUUACAAAAAAAUAUCCAAGUGUCUGAAAUCUACAGUGUUGAUCUUUACUUUUAAUAGUGACAAAAAAAAAAACACUUGUCAGGUUGGUCUGAUUUAGGUCACACAUUUCUACUUUUUAUUUGCAUAAUGAAACAUAUGGAAAUGGUAAACCUUUGAAUUAGUUUUAACUGGUAACCUACGGCUAAGGUCUAUAAUUUUAUUGUAGCCCAGACUGUAAAGUGUAUAAUACUUGUUAAGAUCUUAUUAUUAAGGGCUGUUGGAUGUACUAUGUUAAUCCUGUGGAUUUCUCUUUUAUAAAAGAAAGUGACAUCAUUGUGGCCUACUUGGUAAUUUGUACUGGUUUAAUUGUCUAACAUGUUUCAUGUUACCUGGUUAGGUUUGACUUUUGAAUUUUACACAGUGUUAUGCAGUGUAUAAAAUUAUUACUAUUCAUAUCCAGCAACGUCUCAUUUUACAGGUCAAUUUAUGCCUCUUCUUCUUGUAUAACUUUUUUGUUUCCUGCUUGAAGACAGUUUAAAACAUUUUUUUUGUCUUCUGUUUUCUGUACUGGGUCACUAAAACCUAUUAAAACACACCCAAACUGA